UGGAAGCUACUAGCCCGUUCGGCUGUUCCACUGCUCCUCCAUUUUCAUCCCCUUCUCUUUUUCCUUCUAAAAUAUAUAAAGAAAUAUUAUAAACCCCUCAAAAGAGUUUCCAUUGCUCUUAUUAGGGUUUUCUUGCUUUCUUUUUUGUUUUUUUCUUUUCAUUUUUGUUUUUCGGACUCUGCAACAAGCACUGUCCAAGCUAGACUCAUCAAAGUGAAUAAUUAGCUCCAUUAAUGGCAGAUUGUUUUUUUCGGGGACUGAGGUAGGUAAAUGACAACUACAUCUUAAAAGGGGUAAAAGGUUUUUUUUUUUCAGUUUACUUGUAAACUAAUGAGUUGUGUUUCAUGUCAAAGCAAGGGCACAAAAUGGCAUCUUUUUUUUUUUUUUUUUUUUAAUCUCCAAAAUCUCAUAUUUAAGCAAUCAUUUUGAUUUCAAAAGGUUCUCUUCAAAUUCUUGAGAGUGAAAUGAACUGGGUUUCUUGCAAAUGUAAAAAAUAUUGUGCCUUUGCUUGUUUACUUCAAUAUAUGCGUUUGGUUUGAUCUCAAAGAGCGAGGAAUAUAUGGGUGACAAUACCACUGUUUAAUCAAAGAAAGAAAGGAAAAAUUGACUGUGGUUUUGUAUGUUAAUCAAGCAAAAUGUCUUGGAUUGAGUCUCAAAUUAUGCAAAAAGCUGGUGACUUGUCUUACCAUCCUCACUAUUUGCAUUCAUCUUCUUCCUCUCCUUCCUCAUCUUCUCCUUCGUUUCCAUAUAAUAGUGAUUACCAGAAACAAUCUUCUUCUGGUAACAAAAUAAGCCCAGCUAUCCUUUUUAUUAUAGUAAUUCUAGCUGUUAUAUUUUUCAUUUCUGGUCUCCUCCACUUGCUUGUUAGAUUUCUCAUGAAGCAUAGAUCUUCUUCCACUUCUUCUUCAGUCUCUGAAUCCAAUAGAUACCCAGAAAUGUCAGGGUCUGAUGCUUUCCAAAGACAGUUACAACAACUCUUCCAUCUUCAUGAUUCGGGACUGGAUCAAGCUUUUAUUGAUGCAUUGCCUGUUUUUCUCUAUGAAGAAAUUAUGGGUCUAAAAGAGCCAUUUGAUUGUGCUGUUUGCCUUUGUGAAUUCUCUGAGAAAGACAACUUGAGAUUGCUCCCUUCUUGUAGUCAUGCUUUCCACAUUGAUUGUAUAGACACUUGGCUAUUGUCUAAUUCAACUUGCCCCCUUUGUAGAGGUACCCUUUAUACACCAGGGCUUCCUUUUGAAAACCCUGUUUUUGAUUUUGAAGAACAGAGGGAAGAAGAUGGGUUUUCAAGCAAUUCAGCAAAUGGAGUCUCUUUAGGCCAAAAACCAGUAGAGAAUGAGAGAAUCAAUUCCAAGAGAGUUUUUUCUGUUAGAUUAGGGAAAUUUAAAGGCUCAAAUAAUGAAGCAGUAGAAAGAGGAAUUGGAGAGACCAGCAGUAGUAAUUUAGAUGCAAGACGAUGUUUUUCAAUGGGGUCAUACCAAUAUAUUGUUGCUGAUUUAGAUUUGCAAGUGGCUUUACUUCCUGAUAGAGGUGUUAAAAUUGUGAAAGGAAGAAAUGGACAAAAUGGGAAUUCAUCAGUUGAUGGGGAUGUUGAAGGGAAGAAGAUUAACAUUAGAAGCAAAGGUGAAAGCUUUUCAGUUUCCAAGGUAUGGCAAUGGUCUAGGAAAGGUAAAUUCCCAAGUCCUUCAGUAGAAACCCCAAUGGGUACUUCUUCUUUAGCUGUGGGUAUGCCAUGGAGUUAUAGAACCCAGAGUACAUGAAGGUACUGUUUUUCUGUGCUUUCUUUGUAAUUUGUACUGUUCACAUAACAUAAAUGAAUCGAAUUAUUUAACACA